CUUCGUUAUUUUUGCUUCAAUUUGACUUGUGAAUUUUUACAGAUCAUGUGAAUAUAUAUAUAAAAAAGAUAAUAUUGUAUAAAUUUUAAUAAUUCAUAACAAUUCAUUAAAUAGACUUUCUGGUAAUAUUAAUAAUUUAAAAAUUGUUUUUUAUUAAGUUUAUUUACAACGUACUAUGAAUAAGAAUAAGAAAAGAGAAAUUCCAUUAAUAAUAAAAAAUACAUUAGAUCUUGACAUUAGAUUAACCAAAGUUUUUACAGAAUGUAUAGAAGAUUUAAAACCUAUGAGAAAAUUAAAAGCAUAUUAUAAGAUAUUAGAGGUAUCAUGUCAUGGGAUAAUUUGGUUAGCAUUGUCACUUGCGUUUAUUUGGAUUCUUAAUUCUAAAAGUUUGUACCAAGUACAAAUUAAUUUAAUAACAGCUCUAUUACUAGACAUUAUUAUUAUUGCUAUAUUGAAAGCACUGACAGGAAGAAAAAGACCAGCACAUAACAAUGAUCCUUUUUCGAUAGGACCUGAUAAAUAUGCUUUUCCCUCAGGUCAUGCGUCACGUUCAAUGCUUAUUUUUUAUUUUUUUGCAUAUAUAUGGCCUGUAUCUGCUAUUUUUCUUACAAUAUUAUUAAUAUGGGUAUUUGCUAUAGUUAUGUCUAGGAUUUUAAUGAGGAGACAUCAUAUUCUUGAUGUUUGUGCAGGAUUACUUGUAGGUUAUGCUGAAGGAAUGCUUAUGAAUAUCUUGUAUUUAAAUGAUGAAACAUGUUUAAAUUUAGUAUCUUGGCUAAUUAAUGAGAAAAUAGCUGGUGCAGAAUAUGAUGUUUAAAAUUAAUUUAUUUCUUAAAUAUAUAUUUCUUAAAUAUAAAUUGAUAUUAAAAA